AUGCUGCAGAUCUUUGGCAGUUUACAGUUAUGUGCAUCUGUCCAAGUGCCUAAAGUAUUGGGUGGUCUUCAAUCUGAAUCUCUGUACAUAGACACAAAUACAAACUUUACAUUAUGUAGGUUUAAAGAAAUAUUAUUUGCUAGCUUAGCUAAAUGCCAAAGAUUAUUGGAUACAUCAAUAGCUAUAAGUGAGGAAGAUGCAUUGAAAAAAUUUCAUUACAUUAAGACAAUUGGCCUGGAGAAAUUUUGCUCAUUUUUAAACCAAUUACCAAAUUAUUUAACUGAAUAUCCAAAUGUGAAGCUUAUUGUCAUUGACUCUAUAGCCUUUCCAUUUAAAGAAGGUUCAAUAUCUUUGAAACAAAGAACCGGAUUGUUGUUCCGUUUGAUGGCUGACUUACACAAGUUAGCUGUAGAUAAACAAAUAGCUGUGGUAUUAACAAAUGAAAUGAGUAAUAGAUUGGGUCUAUCAACCGGAGCGCUUGUUGGUGCGUUGGGUGAUGCUUGGGCUCAUCGCUGCAAUAUACGUCUUCUUCUGUGUUCUGAUAAUAAUGAGUCUUGUGCUGUUCUGGCAAAGAGUAAUAAUGCACCAGAGGCAGCUGUUAAAUUUAAGAUAACAAGGGAAGGAAUACGGGACGCUAAUUGA